AAUGGUACUGAUUGUGAAUUUGAAUAUUCUGUUCCAGGAUGGGUUGAUGUUCUAUGCCAAGAUAAGUGCAGAGAACUAAUAGGGAAUUGUGUACAAUUGUUUGUGAGCACUGCUGUUGCUGUUUAUCUUGACAGGACAAUGAAUAUCAACACCUACAAUGAAAUAUUUUCUGGGUUGACUAAUCCCAAACAUGAAGCCAAAAUGAGAGAUAUGUUAGUUGCCAUAUGUAGUGGUGCCAUUGGAACUUUUGUCAAAACUUCUCAUCAAGUUUUGACAAGUACUGAUAUGGAUAUGGAUGGAACCACUUCAAAAAUGUAUUCUUCUUCUUCUUUGCCACUUAGUUUCAAAGCCAAACAAUUUUUGGAUGAAGAACAGAACAUGUACAGUGGGUGGACAAAUAAAGUAUCUUAUACUUUGGCAGUACCAAAGAAUAAGAGGUUUAUUCUUGAUUUAACUGGGAGGGUGACCUUUGAGAGUGUUAGAUCUUUUCUGGAGUUUCUGCUGGAAAAGUUGCGCGCGUAUUUGAGAAAAAGCUUAGAUGUUGUUCAAGAGGAGGUGAAGUAUUUGAGAAGAAGUGUAGAUGUUAUACAAGAGGAGGUGGUUGAUACGAGUGCUGAAGCUUACAGUUAUGUGAGUGGGAAGUCCUCUACGGCUGUUAGUGUAUGCCUCACUUUGUGUUUGCACAUACUUAAUGGUCCUUGGAUCUUGGUUCCAAAUUAAAGUUUUAGUAUAGAAUCUUGGGAAGGUACUUUUAUCUUUUGUAAAACUUCCUAUUACAUUCUUUCGUAAAGGGAAUAUUGGUUGGUGUAACUGUACAUAGUUGCUCUGUACUUGAUUGAUUGAUUGUAUUUUACUAAUACAAGUUGUCAAAGUGAAUGUAAAUUUGUCCAUAUUGUUUUUCC